AUGUCGAACAACCUCGUCUUGAUCACUGGUGGUACCGGACACAUUGGGUUCAAAACCCUCGCCACAGCCUUGAAGUCCGGCUACCGUGUUCGAGCUGCAAUUCGGUCCGAGUCCAAGAAGAACGACAUCCUCGCGGCACCAUCUAUUAAAGCCCUGAAUCUGACAGAUGAGCUUACAUUCAUCGUCGUGCCGGACUUGAUGGCUGAUGGUGCAUACGACGAAGCGGUCAAGGACGUUGACUACAUCAUUCAUCUGGCGUCGCCCAUUGUUCUGAAGGGAGAGAUUAAGCCAGAAGACUAUGAAUCAGCACUGGUCGAGCCCGCUGUUGCAGGAACAAUCAACAUUCUGAAAGCAGCAAUCAACUCACCUAGCAUCAAGCGUGUUGUGAUCACAUCAUCUGUUGUUGCGAUGGUUCCUAUGGAAUACAUGUUCGAAAAAGAGGCUCCUGCUGGAUUCCUUGUCAACUGCGAGUCCAGACUGCCUUCUCCCUCUGGCCCGUACCCAUCUGAUUUCCACGCCUACAAUGCCAGCAAGAUUGCAGCUCUGAAUGCAACUGAGGCCUUUGUUCGAGACCAAAAGCUCAACUUUGAUGUGGUCAACAUCCACCCAUCUUUCGUCAUUGGCAAAAAUGAGCUUGUGAAAGAUGUCAAGGAUAUCACAUUGGGCACCAACGCUGUCGCCAUCGCCCCUGUUCUUGGAGCCAAGUCCGAAAGCCCGCUCGUGGGUUCUAGCGUCCACGUGAAUGAUAUUGCAUUCAUGCAUGUCAAGGGUCUUGAUCCUAAGGUCCCGGCCGGAAGUUAUAUCGGAAACUCAGAUGACUAUGCUGGGACUGUCUGGCAGAAUGCCACUGCCAUUGUGGCCGAACAUUUCCCCAAAGCAGUGGAAAACGGCGUCUUCCCUAACAAUGGUCUGCAGCCUACUCGCAAAAUCAGAUUGGAUGCAAGAAAGACCGAGGAAGUCAUGGGCUUCAAAUUCCUCAGCUAUGAGGAACAGGUUAAGAGUGUCGUGGGGCAUUAUCUUGAGCUGAAGGGUGAAAAGGCCGAGUAG